AUGGACAGACUCAAAACCGAACAGUCGAAUCCUCGUGGUAUUCCUCAGGCCAAGUUCAUAGAUCGUGUGGAAUCUUUAUUAAACCCGUCCACAUGCACUAAUGAGGAUGUGGACCAGCUGCUUAAAGAAUGCCAGACACGUCUUCAGCAGUACAAGUUUAUGGAAGAGAACAAACGCCUAGCACUGAACGGAAACAAGUCCAAGAUUCCCAACAUUACAAAAACUCUGGAAAUGGUUCAAUAUUUAAAGGAGCGUAAAGAAGAGGACGAUGACGAGCCCUUGCAGACUAACUACGAAUUGAAUGAAACCCUGUAUAGCAAAGCCGAAAUUGAUGUUCAGAAUUUGGAUAACGUCUAUUUGUGGUUAGGAGCAGAUGUUAUGAUGGAGUACCCACUAGAUGAAGCCAUUGAACUCCUGACUACCAGACUAGCUGUGGCAAAAGAAGCUGUGACAGUUGCUGAAGAAGACCUGGAGUUUUUGAGAGAACAAAUCACUACCAUGGAAGUUAAUACAGCCCGUGUCUACAAUUGGGAUAUAACGAGGAGGAAGGGGCUAGCACCCAAGUGA